CAGGGAGGAUGUCUUUUAUCUAGGUAUGUAUGUACCUUGUACCCCACCUUUGUUGGUUUUGCUUAUUCUCGCGCAUGGUUACACAACUUCAAUGUCGCAUUAUUGACAGAAUCCCGGAUGUACUGUACUUAACCUUAUCUAUAUAUAAUUUCAUGCAGUACAUGUAGGGUUGUAUGGCACCUGCUUGUUAGACAUACACCACAGUAGUGAUGUGCUACACGCCACUGCAUCUAUCACCAAACCCUCGGCUUUAAAGGCAAAACCCCUAUUAUUGUAGGCUAGAGGUACCUAUUCUCCUUCCUUGCAACCUACUUUCCUCAACUUGGUACGAUAAUGCCUCAAAUCAUGAUUCAUAUCAUUAUUAUUGCACUGGGACUCUGUGGCCUUCUCAUCUGGUCGUGGAUCACCAAACCAGCCAUUAAGAUACCAUCUGCCGGAUCUAAGUGGCCGUUUUUAGGUUCACUGCGUAGCCUGACCAAAGGAAAGGAGAUACUCCUAUCUGUUUACCAGAAGCAACUGAUCGAUGACCGGCCUUACUUCCUGCCUGGAAUAUUUGGCGACAGCAUCGUGUUACCGCCAUCGAUGUUACCGUGGCUUGUUGCCCAGCCUGAAAAUCAUCUCAGUGCCAAGUGGGCGCAGCUUGAUGCGCUCAACAUCCCGACGACGUUUUUACGCCCUGAGAUUGGCGUCGACCCCACACAUGAGCCACUGAUCCGCCGUGAACUGACGGCAAAUCUAGAUGUGGUGGAGGCCGACAUGUGGGACGAGGUCGGGCGCGCGCUAGAGGAGCUCUGGGGCAGUGACACGGAGCGCUGGCGUGUAGUCGUCCUUGAUGACACCAUCCGUCGUGUUGUGGCAAGGGCGUCUAGCCGCGUCUUUACCGGCCAGGAUCUUUGUGCCAACAACAACUUCGUCGAGAGCACGAUCCGCUACGUCACGCAUGUCUCAACUUACGGUCUUAUACUCAACCUCGUCCCCCGACGGUUCCUCCGAAACCUCGCAGGCAAGCUUGUGCAGCUCCCCAUCGCUACCGCCUACGCUCGCUGCGCUCAGCACCUGCUCCCGCUAUUUGAGGACCUCGUUUCCCGCCAUAGCAAGGGCCAGAAGUUGCGCCCGCACCUCUUCGCCUCGUGGCUCGUCACCAGCGCGGCCACGCGCUUCCCGCCAUCAUCGCCCGAGCGCACGCCCGACUUCCUUGGUAGGCGCCUCAUGGCGCUCAACUUCGCCACCAUACACACCUCGACCUUGACGGCCUGCAACUUGCUUCUGGACGUCUUUUCCGGUUCUCCCGCUGUCUCCGGCGCGCUCCGUGACGAGGCGCUCGCGUUCGCUGCCGAGUGGGGGCCCGCAGAAUGCCGCCGGGAGCGGCUGAAUGGGAUGCGCCGACUGGACAGUGCGCUGCGGGAGAGCAUGCGCUUGUGGGGCGUCGCGCCGCGAACUCUGCGCCGCAGGGUCAUGCGGCCCGGUGGUGUGGCUUUGCCUAACGGAGGGGAUGGUAUAAGGCUAGCCGAGGGGACCACAGUGUGCAUUUCGGGGUGGGGAUUGCAUCAUGACGAGAGGCUGUACUCGCGUGCGUUUGACUAUGUGCACGAUAGGUUCAUGAGAAAGGCCGAAGUGCAGGGUAAAGGCGAACCGGAAGAAGGGGAGAAGGUUGUAAAGCCAGGGUGCGCUGCAGCGGCUGCUGUUGAGACUGACGAGCACUUCUCAGCAUGGGGAAUUGGCAAGCAUGCGUGCCCCGGACGUUUCUUCGCUGUCGAUUUUGUCAAGAUGAUUAUGGCGCACGUACUAGUGGACUACGAGGUUGAGGUCCUAGCCAAGAGGCCUGACAACUUGUGGAUUGAGUAUAAUAUUAUCCCGUCACCGGGCGCCUCCUUGUCCGUGCGGAGGAGAAAGCCAUAUAUGGCACAAGGGUAAUUAGCUGGUAGGAAUAGUUACCUAAUAGGUAUUAUAGGCGGGCAGCUCUGUAGUAGAAGAACGCGCGAAUGCACAUAACCAUCGGUGGGUGUAAACUAACCUAUGUAAAGCUCUAGGGUUAGGUUACUUGUGUAAGGAACAAAAUGAAGCAUAUGGGGCGAUUGGGGAAGGCCUUGGUCAUAGCUAGACCCCAAUGGGACCCCCAUGGGGCAUCCCUGUCAGAGCGCUAAACGAGAUCCAGACAUAGUUAUGU